AUGAUGUGGAGCUUCUUGGGGCUACUUGUCCUCUGCAGCCUGGUCAGCCCCUCGCAAGGAGGCCCAAAAGGACUUUCACAUGGGAUCGUGUCCAUCGUCAGUCCGGCCACUGCUCUCAAAUAUGUCUCCUCCGUCUUCCUUCGGAACGAGCUUCUCCAGAGCCACUUCUUGGCCAUUCAGUUCCCAGAUGUCCCUCACAAAGAUAAGCACCCGGAAAACUGGAUUAAGGAGUUGCAUGUCGUGAGGGUCUUCACUCCAUCGGUCAGUCUGGAGCUGUACGAAAAGGUAGAUUCCUUAGUGUGCAUCAAGGCCAGAUUUCAUCUCAGCGGUAAAUUCUUUUUCGGCAAACACUUUGAGCGGAUUGACAUCAUCCUAGACGUAGACAUAAAAGCAGAAGUCAGGUUUGAUGCCUUUUUUGCGGGCGGCUUCCACAUCAGACUGCAAGUGUGCAAGAGUGAAUUCGCAAUCGCAAGGAUCAUCUGCCCUUCGCACUUGUUGGUGAAUAAAGUGAGGCCCGUUGUAACGACCAUCCUGGCAGCAUCAUUCCACAAGACGGUGUGCACAGCGGUGGAAAUGGUCAUCAACGUCUCAGGGGUCGAUUUUCUGCACACUGCCAAUGUGUUUUUCUCCGUGGGCACAGUGGCUACCAUGCAAUAUCAGCUCGCCAGCCUGCCAUUGAUAACUUCAAACUACGUCGCGCUGGAAUUCAACAUGAUCAUCCGAACUGGGGGACGAUACAUUACCCUCCCUGUCGGCGCAGGGCCUGUCACUCUCCCUGUCUUGCAUCACCAUGGUUUCUGCUUAGGGAUGUCUCAGGCUAGCCUGGAUGCCAUCCUCAUGGUUCUGAUCCAGAUCCGCGUGCAAGAGUUCAUUUCCACCCCGGAAGUGUUCUCUGCUGCCAGUGAGCUGACGACCGUCGUUGCGUCUCUUCUGUCACAUCAAAAGUGCCCCAAGUGUCCUCUAAAGGCGCCGCUGAAAAUCACCAUCUCUUUGGUCGGGAUCCGGAGGAUUAUCCUGGAGCCCAAGAGAGCCGUCAUUGAGCUUUCCGUCGAGAUUGCCUUGUUGGCGAAAGGUCCGUCCGGGUCCCUCGUUGGGCUCUUUGUCAUGAAAGCCAACUUAAAACUGAGUGUCCAUGCCUCUGUUUUCGGCGGCAGACUGUUCUUCACUACAAAACUGGCCAGUCUUGAGCUGCUCCUGGUUUCUUCCCAAGUUGGACCUGUUAACGUCUCUGUCCUCGUGAAGUUGAUGAAGUUGCUUAUAGCAGAAACAUUUGUGCCACGAGUUAACGAGUGCCUGGACGUCGGGAUCCCUCUGCCUCCAGUGCUGCACAUUCGCUGGAAUUAUCCGGCGAUUCACUUUACGCAGAGGAUGCUGGCACUGUGUGUGUGAGUUGGCCAAGGGGGCCUCGCAUCCGAAGACAUUCCACCUGGUUUCGGCUGCGGGAGGAAGGCAAGAGGGAUGUCUUAGCGAGAAAGAAGAACCUAUACCUAUCUUAUCCUUUAUUUUCCUAACUGUGAACCGCCCUGAGACCCCCGGGUAUAGGGCAGUAUAUAAAUUAUUAUAAUAAUAA